AUUGCUUCACGAGUAUGGCUUCAUCAAUCCUCUUUCUUGAACCACUUUUGAUGGUCCAUUAUAAGAAAUAUAUACUAGCAAAUUGAGUUUUGUCCUAAAGAUAUAACAGUGGUGUCUGGCCAGCUUGCUCUUGUUAUGUUAUAACAACACACGUAUUGAGUAACUCUGUCUGCCUCGCGUUGUUCCUUGUUUUACAAUUUGUCACUGAAAUUCAGAUGGUCUUGUCAUUGUCUUGUCACUUAAAGAGUGAGCAAUUUUAGCUUUUGUUCACAAGAAGUAACUGCAAUUCACAGCCACUCUGUUCAUGUAAUUAAAUCCUUCAAUGAAGAUGAACUUCAGGAACUGCGUGUUUUUGUUAGCGUAUACAGUUUCAGUGAUUUCAUUUACUUUAGCAGAACAAGACAUAUAUGUUGUUCAUAUGGACAAGACAAAAGUCAGAUCAUUAGACAGUUAUCUUGGAAUAUCCAAAAGAUGGUAUGAAGAUGUUAUUAGUUCUAUAUCUGCUGAUAGUGAAGAGGAACAAGAAGAAAAGCCUCCUCAACUUCUCUAUGUAUAUGAAAAAUCCGUUUCUGGUUUUUCAGCAAAACUCUCCAAGAAACAACUCGAAUCACUAAAACAAGUUGAUGGAUUCCUCACAGCUGUGCUGGAUGAAAUGUUAAGCCUACACACAACUCAUUCACCUCAGUUUCUUGGGCUGAAAAGUGGCAGAGGACUUUGGGGUGCUCCAAAUUUGACCUCUGAUGUGAUUGUUGGCAUGAUUGAUACUGGAAUUUGGCCUGAACAUGUAAGUUUCCAUGAUUCUGGAAUGCCACCGGUGCCUUCUCAUUGGAAAGGCAAAUGUGAAGCUGGAACUAAAUUUAUGCGAUCAAAUUGUAAUAGGAAGAUUAUUGGUGCAAGGAUUUUUUCCAAAGGAUAUGAAGCUGCUGCAGGGAAAAUCAAUGAAAAAAAGGAUUAUAGAUCACCGCGAGACUCACAAGGACACGGAACACAUACUGCUUCAACAGCAGCUGGAAAUCUUGUCAAUGGUGCCAACCUUUUCGGUUUGGCUAAAGGCUUGGCUGGUGGUAUGAGCUAUGGAUCAAGAAUUGCAGUUUACAAAGCUUGUUUCAUGUUAGGCUGCUCAAGCUCUGACGUUUUAGCAGCUAUUGAUCAAGCUGUUAUUGAUGGGGUGGAUGUAUUGUCACUUUCUUUAGGAGGCUUGCCAAAGCCAUUUUAUGUAGAUAAUAUAGCUAUUGCUGCAUUUGGUGCAGUCCAACAUGGGGUCUUUGUUUCAUGUUCAGCAGGAAAUUCAGGGCCUUUGAAUUCAAGUGUUGGCAAUGCAGCACCGUGGAUUAUGACUGUUGCAGCAAGCUCGUUGGACCGCAGCUUUCCAACUACUGUCAAGCUUGGAGAUGGACAUGUUUUUAAAGGAGCUUCAUUGUACACAGGCAAGCCUACAAUGCAAUUGCCACUUGUUUAUGGAAGAACAGCAGGUGGGGAAGAAGCUCGAUUUUGCACCAAUGGGACACUAUCUUCAAGAUUAGUCAAAGGCAAGAUUGUUGUCUGUGACAAAGGAAUCAAUGCCAGAGCUGAAAAGGGAGAGCAAGUGAAAAUAGCUGGUGGAGCAGGAAUGAUUAUGGUUAAUAGAGUUGAAGAAGGAGAUGAACUUUAUGCCGAUGCUCAUGUCCUGCCUGCCACAUCUUUGGGUGCUUCAGCUGGCAUUGCUAUCAAGAAUUACAUUAACUUGACAAAAACUGCCACAGCUUCAAUCAAAUUUGAGGGGACAGUUUAUGGCAAUCGCGCACCAAUAGUAGCUGCCUUUUCCUCUAGAGGACCUAGUGCAGCUGGACCAGAUAUUAUAAAGCCGGAUGUUACUGCUCCAGGAGUGGACAUAUUAGCUGCCUGGCCUCCAAAUAUCAGCCCAUCAAUGCUAAAGAGCGAUAAGAGAAGCAUGCAAUUCAACAUUCUUUCUGGCACUUCCAUGUCUUGUCCUCAUGUCAGUGGACUAGCUGCAUUGCUUAAAUCUGUCCAUAGAGAUUGGUCACCAGCAGCAAUCAAGUCAGCACUACUGACAACUGCUUAUACCCUUGACAAAGAAAGAACUCCAAUAGCAGAUGCUGUUUCCGAGACUUCAAUAUCAGCUACACCAUUCACCUUUGGCUCGGGACAUGUUGAUCCUGAAAGGGCUUCUGAUCCAGGCCUUAUCUACGAUAUCUCAACCGAGGAUUACCUACAUUAUAUCUGUAGCCUAAACUACAACUCUUCCCAAAUAGCCCUUUUGUUGAGAGAAAAUUAUACUUGUCCUACUAGUCAUUCAUUUCAAUCACCUGGUGAUCUAAACUACCCUUCUUUCGCUGUACUUUUCGACAGCAAGAACCAACAUGUGAUCCAGACAUUUAAAAGAACUGUGACAAAUGUUGGGACCCCUAGGAGUACUUACAGUGUACAAGUGGAGGCACCUUAUGGAGUAUCAGUCACUGUGAAGCCAAAAAUUCUGAAAUUUCAGAAAAAAGGUCAGAAAAUGAGAUACAAAGUGAGGUUUGUUGUUGCAAAGGGAAAAAGGAGUCCUGGUGAUUCAACAUUUGGAUCACUGACUUGGAUUUCAAGAACACAUAUAGUUAGAAGCCCCAUUGCUACCACAUGGCAUUAACUCAAAGAGGGUAAAAUUUGAUGACAACAUCCAAUCCUUGAAACUGUCAAUGUAUUCUUCUGGAUAAAAACUAACUAGUUGAAUCAAAAUAUUACUAUUUGCUUAACUACUUCUGAGUUCAUAGGCCUCAUUAGUCAUUAAUUUUCUCUCUCUAGUUUUCCCUUGUUUCAACAAGAGCAUAAUUAUUGAAUUGAUGUGUCUCCUUGGAGAGAUAUUUAUCUGUUCAAACAAAUACUGUAUUGCAGGAAAAGAAAU